AUGACACAAACUCAACCAGGAGAGGAUCCAACAGAAGUACAAAACUCCGGUUUGUCGUCUUCCAUGUAUAGCUGUGAGAAUUUACCAAACCAUGUAGUAACUAUAGUUAUGGUUCCAUUUCCAGCUCAAGGCCAUCUCAACCAACUUCUUCAACUUUCAUGUUUAAUCUCGUCCUAUGGUCUUCCUGUCUACUAUGUUGGCUCGGCCACUCAUAAUCGUCAAGCUAGGAUUCGAGCCAACGCCUUAAAUCCUUCAGACAUAGCCAAAGUCCACUUCCAUGACCUUCCAACUCCUGAAUUUGACUCACCAUCACCUGACUUUAAUGCCUUGAGCAAAUUCCCAUCACAUCUUCAGCCAUCGUGGGAUGCUUCUAUGCUUCUUCGCGAGCCCAUUGCUUCUUUCUUACGCGAUAUCUCAUCAAAAGCAAGACGAGUCAUUGUUGUUCAUGAUCCUUUAAUGUCUUAUAAUGUUCAGGAUGUUUCUUCUUUGCCCAAUGUUGAAUCCUAUGUAUUUAACUGCAUUUCAGUCUUCACUUCAUUCCAUUGGCUAAGCUUAUCUGGUGGAAUAUCUAUACAACAUGAAGAAAAUUUGCUUAAAAAGGUACCCUCCCUUGAAGGAAUUAUGGCAGAUGAAGCCAGGGACUUUUCGACUUAUCAGCAUCAGUAUAUGGCUAUUAGAUCAGGUGAUAUCCAUAACACAAGCAAAGUAAAUGAAGGCAAGUUACUUGAUUUGUUGGAACAAGCAGAAACUAAUCUGAACAAGAAGCAAUGGGCAAUUGGACCUGUUCUGCCUACUAAACUCCAUCAUAUCUCAAAUAGGAACGAUAUAUGUUUGGAGUGGCUGAACAAACAACCUCCGAGAUCAGUUCUUUUUAUAUCGUUUGGAACAACAAUUUCCUUUUCUGAUAAGGAAAUCAAGGAGCUCGCGAUGGGGUUAGAGCAGAGUAAACAGAGGUUCAUAUGGGGUGUUGAGAGACGCCGAUAG